AUGGGAAAAAGUGAAUUAAUGCUUCUUUGCAUUGACAAUUUCUUUCACAGAUCCGUCAGAAUAUGCAAAGAAGACUGCAUCAACGCAACCAAUGAACAAUCCAGUCUCGACAAUUCCUGGAGUAUUGGCCAAUCUCUGUUGAAUGGCCAACCAAUCUCUGCCAGAUACAUUCUUUUCAAAUUGCCAGUCAAUGAUAAAGUUUCCGUUGUCCGUCACAACUGGUCCGCAUUUUUUGGUGGCUUGGCGAAGUUGACAACUGCCACCUUCUGCUCUUGGAAUUGA